GUCACCCUAGGCAACGAUGGCUUGUGCUUAGUCACGCUUGUGCUUAGUCAUAGCUGGAGCAAUUACAUAAGCACUCAAACCUUAGUCAAGCUACUAAAUGUUCCGAAUAUUUGCCCCAUCGCUGCAGUACCACGCGCUUCAACAAAAGUAAGAAAAGGUAAGGAGAGACAGACAAAACCUUUGCGGGACGCAACUCCUACAUGUGUAUUACCAAAAUACGAUAAGGGGUAGUACGUAUGCGGGCGAUGUGAUUCGAAUGAAGUAGGCGCAAUGCGCAACUGGCAUCAUUUACACGCACAUGUACAUCCAGCCAUGGCAACGUGGCGUCACAGUAUGAAAUGCAACAGGGAAGCAAGGAAGGCGGCCUGAAGAAGUACUUCGCCCUUGUCCGGGAGCUAGUCGCCCUAGGUGCUCCAAAGCCCGCCCCCAGCGCAGACCCCGGCCUGGCCGCAAUGCAAGACGUUGUUUGGCCCACGUUCAAAAGGCUAGUGGACCGAGCGGGCGAGCUGGAGGACGAGGAGGAGGAAGUGCUAUAAGUACAGGAAGAGGAGGACAAGGACGAGGAUGACAACCAGUCUAACAAUACC